UGUUGCUCUGUUGCCUGCCGCUGUGCUGGUCCUUCUAUUCCUUCUCACCUUCUUCUCUGCACCAGGCCAGGGGUCACCUCAAAGACAAACACAUGGGUCGCCGGCUAGAGAGGAGGAGGAGGGUUAGGGAGCAGAAAAGGAGGAGAAAGAGAGAGAAGGUCAGCGAGUUGAGGGGAAUUGGGCUGAAGAGAAACAGCAGAGACAGGGUUGUAUGUCUAGGUUGGAAGAGGACAUUGGGAGGCUGUUGAAGGAGACGGGGCAAUGUGUAAAGGCAGAGUGGGGGAGAGAGAGAAAAGAGGGAGGGGUGGAAGAAGGGGGGGCUCGCUCUUCGCUCUGUGUCCGGGCUUAAAGCCUUUUUAAAGCCAGCCAGAGUGCCUUUUGUCUGUUGAUACGAUCAGGGGGACUGAAGGAAGUGAAGGAGCACGAGAGUUUUUCUGUCAACCUCUGUGCUGCCUCUGCUGCUGCUUUCAAGGAGACUUGGACAGGGCUAUCUGUUUCUCUCUAUUUUGCUGUGCUCCAGGCCGUUCACCAUGAAGGGCACAGGGAUUAGAAGAUGUCUGGAGAUGGUUUUGGAGCCACAGGCAGCGAUGCCCAGCAAACACUGCAGUCCUUCUGGCCUCGUGUCAUGGAGGAGAUCAGGAACUUGACUGUGAAGGAUUUCCGUGUGCAGGAGUUGCCUUUAGCCCGGAUCAAGAAAAUCAUGAAGUUGGAUGAGGAUGUGAAGAUGAUCAGCGCAGAAGCUCCGGUCCUGUUUGCCAAAGCAGCUCAGAUCUUCAUCACAGAGCUCACCCUCAGGGCGUGGAUCCACACUGAGGACAACAAGCGACGCACACUACAGAGGAAUGACAUUGCCAUGGCAAUAACAAAGUUUGACCAGUUUGACUUCCUGAUUGACAUCGUGCCCCGGGACGACCUGAAGCCUCCCAAACGACAGGAGGAGAUGCGUCAGUCUGUAGCUCCAGCAGAGCCAGUGCAGUACUACUUCACCUUGGCCCAGCAGCCCGGAGCCGUGCAGGUGCAGGGCGCACAGCAGGGCCAGCAACCUGCUGCGCAGACAGCGGCGACCAUCCAGCCCGGACAGAUCAUCAUCGCACAGCCGCAACAGGGACAGAUGUUGCAAGGUGCCACCAUGCAGCAGUUACAGCAGGUGCAGGUGCAAUCACAGGGCACGCCCAUCACGAGUGCGCCUGUCGCCAUGCAGGUGGGUGAAGGCCAGCAGGUGCAGAUUGUCCAGGCUGCCACAGCCCAGGGUCAGGCUCAGACAGCUCAAGCCCAAGGCCAGACCAUGCAGGUCAUGCAGCAGAUCAUCACCAACACUGGAGAGAUCCAGCAAAUCCCAGUACAACUAAAUACGGGACAGCUGCAAUACAUCCGCCUAGCCCAGCCCGUCUCUGGAGCACAAGUGGUCCAGGGGCAGAUUCAGACUCUUGCAAACACCCAGCAGAUCACACAGACAGAAGUACAACAAGGACAGCAGCAAUUCGGCCAGUUUACUGAUGGCCAGCAAUUGUAUCAGAUACAGCAGGUGACAAUGCCAGCAGGACAGGAGCUGACCCAGCCAAUGUUCAUCCAGUCUACCAACCAGACAACUGACACACAGGUCACGCAGGUCAGCACUGAAUGAGCCCUGCCAGGAGACUUUCUCCUCUCACACAUACAGCACGCACACCAGCCCGCGCGAUGCAGACGGAUGCCAUCAACUUUGACAAAAAGGACUCUCAAUAAUUCAUUUUAAGCACGGCUCAUUGCAACGAGGGACCUGAAAUCUUGUAACACUCAUGUUUUGUAAUAAAUUUACUACACUGGAUCAAAAACCAAAGGGACGCUGAUUGACUCUUUCACAAUCAUACGUUAUAAUCAUCCAAUCUUAGACAUAGUGUACCUUUUUGUACUUGUGUCACCCUUAUUGAAUGGAUGACUUUACGUUGUGCAUCCACUUCCACAGUCCCUGACAACAGUCUUUGCACAGACUAAAUUUAUUCUUCUUCCCGUCAUUUCCAACCUUUUACAGAUUUUUAGACUAUAAAGUGUCGAUCCCCCCCCACCCCCCGACACCUUGCUCUUCAUUUGGAAAUGAAUUUGGAAAAUGUCCAUCCUUGUCUACAGAAGCUGCUCUAGGUUUAGGGUAGCCAUGGGAAGGUUUUUUUUUUUUUUAUUAUUAUUUUAAAAAAAACCCUACCUUACUCAUUGUUUGUCAUGUAGUUGGAUAAAACUAAACCAUAUACCUCAGAUAUCACUUUAUACACCAAGUCAAUCUAAGGGAUAGUGAAGAGGUUGAGGUUUAAGGAUGUUUUCAUGUAGUUUGUUGUGUUUUCCAUAAUGAUGAUGACGCAUGACUUUAGGUUGUAAGGGCUUCAAACUGUACAGGCUAUUUGUGAAUGUGAUGAAAGGCGUUAUGUGUUUGCGAUGGAAGCACACGCACAUUCAUCUUUACUCCUCUGAUUACCCCCCCCCCCCCCAAAAUCCCUUUGUCCUUAGAGUGGGGAAACUUUUUUUCUGCCUCGGUUUGGGUGGUUUUUGAGUCCCGAGUCUUGUGCCCCGAUUUAAGUCUCAUGUGCAAACACAUGACUCUGUCUGGAGGGGAAAAGCACCCUUUUUAUAGAACUCUCUCUCUCUCUCUCUCUCUCUCUCUUUUUUUUUUCUCAAUGAGUGUUUUUCUUUUGGCUUAAAAUGAUGUUUGGCCCGAUAUAUUGCCCAUUAUUUUUUUUAUUUUUUUUGUACAGUAAUGAGUAUUAUCAAUGUUAUUAUUAUUGUUGUUUUUGCAUGUAGUUAAAACUGCCAGCAUGACAUGCAAUAGAUAGGUACAAUUUUAUUUUUGAUGUUCCUGUUUUUUUUUGUAAACAAACUUUGUGACGAAAAAAUAAAUAAAAGCCAUACCU